AUGAAGUGGAACGCUGUUACCACCAAGGACGAUGACCGCGGAGCCUGGUGUCCCCAGAACGCCCGGGCGUACAACACACCCAACGCCCAGUCACCGCGUGGCUACCAGCACCCCACAUUCUCGCUUAAACAGGUCUCGAUCACAUACUGCGGGCGCUCCUUCGUCCCGUUCAUUUCAAGCACAAUUAACGGUGACCUCUACCGUUACGACAUUAAUCUAUACCAACCCGAAAACGCGUCUGAUCGCAGCCGCGGGACGGUCAAGACUAGUCAUCGCCUAGCCGUGUAUAAUCCCUCGCAAUUUGUACAUUUGAGGUGGUUAAACCUGAAUGUCAUUUCAGAAAGCUUCACCUCCGAGUCGGCGUCUAGCGAACUAAAAGGAGGACAAGGGCCCUUGAACCAAUCAAAUCUCACGUCGCCAUCGUACAAGCUUAACGACUUGGAGAACUGGGGAGGGAAAAAACAGAAAACGACACGUAGCAACAUAAAGUAA